UCUCCCAGCAGAUGUAUCGCUCUCCUCCUCCCCUCUGGAUGUGGUGUCAUUGGAUUUCUCUGAUUUUCUCGCUCUACAACAAUAGUGUGAUCUCCGUCACCCAUACAUGUUGUCAUGAAUUCCUCUGAAUCAAACCACCAACAACAUAUUCUUCCCAAUCCAACAACUCACCCCUUCAAAUCAAAAUUCAGAAAAUUUACAUUUCACUCACUAUCCUUUUUGGUUCUUCUUAUAGCAAUCUCGUGGGGUUUCACAAGAACAAACUACUACAAAGUUCAUUACUUGAAACACUCCCUCACAUCACCAACCCUUUUUCAUGCAAUUGGGUCUCUCUUUUCACCCCCAAAACCACUUUCUAUCCCCUCCCAUUGUGUGCUUUGGAUGGCUCCUUUCCUUUCAGGAGGAGGGUAUAGCUCAGAAGGUUGGUCCUAUAUUUUGGCACUUGAUAAACGUAGAAAAAUGCAAUCUUUACCAUUUAGGUUGGCAAUUGAGCACCAUGGUGAUCUAGAAUCUUUGGAAUUUUGGGAGGGUUUGCCACAGGAUAUGAAGAACUUGGCCAUUCAGUUGUACCAAACUGAGUGUAGAAUGAAUGAGACUAUUGUGGUUUGCCAUAGUGAACCUGGUGCUUGGUACCCGCCAUUGUUUCAAACCCUUGCAUGCCCUCCAUCAUUUUACAAUGAUUUUAAGUCUGUGAUUGGGAGGACUAUGUUUGAGUCUGAUAGAGUGAAUGAUGAACAUGUAAAGAGAUGUAAUAAAAUGGAUUAUGUUUGGGUUCCUACAGAGUUUCAUAAGUCUACAUUUGUGGAAAGUGGGGUUGAUCCUUCCAAGGUGGUGAAGAUUGUUCAACCUGUUGAUGUGAAGUUCUUUGAUCCUGCCAGGUACAAGCCAUUGGAUCUUGCUUCUAGAGCAAAACUGGUUUUAGGUUCUGGUGUGAGGAAGAGUUUUGUGUUUUUAAGUAUCUUCAAGUGGGAGUAUAGGAAAGGGUGGGAUGUGUUGUUGAAAUCAUACUUGAAGGAAUUCUCAAAGGAUGAUAGAGUUGCUUUGUACUUGUUAACAAAUCCUUAUCAUAGUGACAGAGAUUUUGGGAACAAAAUACUGGAUUUUGUGGAGAAUUCUGAUGUUGUAGAACCAGGUAGUGGCUGGGCUCCGGUGUAUGUUAUUGAUACACACAUACCACAAAGUGACUUGCCAAGAGUUUACAGGGCAGCUGAUGCUUUUGUUCUUCCAUCCAGAGGAGAAGGAUGGGGGAGACCACUGGUGGAGGCCAUGUCAAUGGCAUUGCCAGUGAUUGCCACAAAUUGGUCUGGGCCAACUGAAUAUUUGACAGAGGCUAAUAGCUAUCCACUACCUGCGGAUAGAAUGAUUGAAGUAAUGGAAGGUCCAUUCAAGGGACAUCUUUGGGCUGAACCUUCUGAGUAUAAACUUCAGGUUCUUCUAAGGCAGGUGAUGAAUGAUCUCACUGAGGCUACAGACAAAGGCAGACAGGCAAGAGAGGACAUGAUCAGACGGUUCUCACCUGAGAUUGUGGCAGACAUUGUCAUGGACCACAUACAAAACAUACUAGAGCGAUAAGACUGAAAAAGUUUCUGGUUCUAUUGCUACUCAGCUGUUAUGCUCUAAACCUGUUUUGUGAUUCACACUCACAAGGAGAUUUAGGUUCUAAGUGGACAGAUUGUAGACUUCUCAGAAAUUGAUUGGGGCUCAGCAACUUAACCACUGGAAAGUAAUUUCUUCAUUAGUUAAUUCUUUUUCUUUCUAGAAUUUUCUUUGAAAGGCAUAUGCAUUCAUGGAAGAACACAGAACUGUUUCUCAUGCUAAGUCUCCAUCACUUUGGAACAAUAUCUGACUGUUUAAAAGGGGUUUUGACAAGAUGCACGGCAUCUUUCAUGCUUCCUCUUUUUUUAUCAACUUGACAAAAACAUAUAAUUCCUUUCUUGUGCAAAGGUGACACAGUUAUCCAGCAACCCAUCAUCUACCCAGUGCAUCGAUACAUAAACCAUUGUCAUUGUUUUUCCAGUCUUAAGUGUUGAAAUUGGUCGAAGAUUUUAAGGAAAUGCACCUAUUUUUAGUCUAAAAAGCAGGAACAAUUCUUUGGAAUUAGAAAUGUUGCAAUUUAAUCCGAGUCUGCAGUUUUUGUGAUUUGAAUAUGUAUUCAUUUGAUUUUAAUCAAGCAAUUGUGAAGGUGAAGUAUCUCGGUUGAUAUAGAUUGAAUUGCAAACUUGGAACAGUAUCCUCCAAGAUGUUAUUAGGACAUUAUUUUUCGAAUGUGUUCAUAUAAUGUUGUAACCAGUUGACUGUUUGUUCUGGUACAGGACAUUAAGAUGGAUUCUUAAGUCAUGCCUUCACAGUCAAUCAAAGAUUGCAUCCCUGAAGAUCUUGUAUGUUCUUAUUGUGCUUGUUUUGAACUUGCAAAAUUCUGAUUGAGUCAUAGUUAUAUGUUUGGUGCCCAUAGAUAUGCAGGGGUGUUUCAAAGUAUCUAGAUUUCUCACUUCUCCCAAAUAAUUAUGGUUCAAUACUAUUUUGUCAGUUGAAUUCAACAAACCUCCAUGCACUCUCCAAGUAUGUAACAUACCUGCAACAUCAUAACUCAUUAUAUAAAGUUUAAAAUAUCUUUAAUCCUAGAACGAAUUAAUUUAUCUUACAAAAUUUCUCACCCAGGACCAGUUUACAUUCAUUCAAUUUUAUUAAUGCCACAAGUGCAUUAAGUACAGGAACUAAUCAAGGACUAAUUUAACAACUAUUUAUAUACUCGUAAAUCAUAACUAAUUAACUAUAGUUGACUAACAAGUCUUACUAAGAGCUACUUUUUCCUGUUCCGACUGUUAAUAAUAAUUUACAGAAAAGCAAGUGGUGAAAAUUGAAUUGCCCUUUUGAUGAUUUGUACUUGUGUCAAUUAGCUACUCGACUGUUGUUAAUGGCUCUCAAAAGUUGAUCUGUUAUUCGCUUUCCCCAUUGCAAGGGUGUUUCAAUUGCUUAUUGUUAACUUAAUACAUAUUUUAUAUGGGAUAUAGAUUUUAUUCUUUCGUAAUACGCAAUUGUAGAAAUAUCCUUUGAUAUUUGCUUCAUUUUUGAACUGAAAGUCCACGUAGUAUGUUCUCAAACCUUAUUGAUAAGUUCCAAUUGUUUAUAUUCAUAGAUUAUCCUUACUUGGUAGGUACUGAACAAGUCAUCCAUUGCAUGCACGCUUGUAUAAAGCAUAACCGAAUUUUCAUGUCUAGCAUUUGUGAUAAACAGGACUUACGACUCAAAUGCGUUCUCUGCCUUGGAGCUUGUGAUUUGCUGAAUGAUUCUUAAAUAUUAUGCCUAAAUGCUUUUAAGAGGUUCAAGAAUGAAUAAUGAUGAUUUUAAGAGUUUUUUGUGUUUCAGCGAAGAACACUCCUGUAUUCUUGAGUUGUGCCUACGUUUACUUAUGUAUGGAGAGAUUGAGUGUAUAUUCCUUUUUUCUUUUACAAAACGUACGUGGAUGUCGUUAUUCUUGGUGAAAAAGAAGAUAGUGCAAUGCUUGGAGAGCCUAAAGUUGAAAGAAAACCACUUGUAACUAGUUUAAAGCAAAUAAUUGGAUUCAAAAGAACAAUUGGGUUUGACAUCUCACCUUCGGUGAAUAUUAAAUAUACACUGCAGUAAAAGGC